UAAAAAAAGUGUCUAAACCAAUUGCCUGAACUUUCUUUUGUUUCAAGUUCAUUGGUCCUAAGCAUUCUCACUAGUCACUGAAAUAGAUAUUGCAGCUUGCUAGCUGAAUGAUGUCACCAUCAGAGGAAGAAUCAUGGACUAGUUGGUUGUGUGACUUGGAACUAGAGGAUUGCGAUUUCCUCAAUGAACCCGACACAAUCUGGUUAGAUGAGAGUUUCCUAUCUGAAGACCCUACUCCACUACAAGAGCUGAACUUGCAAACAUCUUUCUCUAACGAUAGCAACCACUCUUUCUCCUCAGGGGAUGAUGAAAACAGCUUCGAGAAGCCUUCCAAGGCACUUAAGACGGCUGACACCGCGAACUUCCCACUGCAGAAUGGUGCUUCUCCCUUCUAUAUUCUUUCAUUUAACAAUGAGAACGAAGCACCAAUUUUGAACUUUGAUUCGACCUUGAAGUCAAAAGACAAUGCUGUGAAUGUGAAUGUGAAUCAGCAUGAGAACAGGUCUAAUUUUCCCUCAAAGAGGUCCUUGAAUUGUCAAAAGAAGGAACCAAAACGCAAAGUACAUGAGAGGGAGAGGGUCAGAUCUCCUCACCAAGCUCACGAUCACAUAAUGGCUGAGAGAAAGAGGAGAGAAAAGAUUAGCCAGCAGUUCAUAGCUCUUUCAGUUCUGAUUCCGGGCCUCAAAAAGAUUGAUAAGGCUUCUGUGCUGGGGGACGCUAUACAGUAUAUGAAACAGCUCCAAGAGCAGGUGAAGCUUCAGGAAGAGCAAAUCAAAAGGAAAAGCGCAGAGUCUGUGGUGUAUGUUGAGAAAUCUGAGUCCUCUGUGGUGGACGAUGAUGUCUCAAACACAUCCUCAAAUUCAGGCACCGCAAAUAAUAAUGUCUCACAGCCUGAAGUUGAGGCAAGGGUGUCAGAGAACAAAGUGUUGAUCCGAAUUCACUGUGAUAAACAGGAGGGGGUGUUGAUGAACAUACUCAAAGAGAUAGAUAAUCUUCAUCUAUCUGUGAUCAAUAGCAGUGCCUUGCUUUUCGGGACCUCCAAAUUGGACAUAACCAUCAUAGCUGAGAUGGAUGAGGAGUUCAGGAUGAGCGUGAAGGAACUGGCUAGAAAGCUUCGAGUGGAACUCCUGCAAUUCAUGUUGCAUUCAUUCAGUUAAUCGUCUUGUCAUUAGACAGCCCUCACUUUAAUGCAUUACAUUAUGAAUUCAAUAAAAGAAAGUAGCCACAUCGAGUAAUAAACAGAGUAUAGUAAAAUACUCUCUUGUUUUUGGUUUUUUAAUAUUUUAUCGCCGGCAACUAUAAGACUAACUUCCUUGGGUGCUUGCUAGGAUACCUCAACACUUAGUUGGGGCAUGAUACAAGAUGUGACGUGGACCAAUAACAUUUAAGUCAGUGUAUCUUCUUUUUACCAUAUAUGUUUUAAAAUGAAUAAAAAAUUCAAAUACACUAUUAGAUGUCAGUUUCCUAUUGGUACACGUCAAGUCGCGUCAGUCAUGUACCAUACAAUGAGGGUAUGGUAGAAUUCACCACUUCCUUGGGGUAUUUGUCACUUAAGGUCUUUGGACAUGCAUUAAAGAAAACAAAUCAUGUUCUCACUUUAAAAUUUUCUAUCUCAUUCCUAAUAUAUCCGUUGUCUUUUAUAUUAAU